GUUUCUUAAUAUUAAAUAUUUUGACGAUAGGAAGACAAAACCAUUGCAGGAACGUCGCAUUAAGGCUCGGCUAUAUUUAACCUGUGGAUCCACUUCUACGAACAAAAAAAGGUUCUCCUUUUUUGUUCCGCGUGAAGUUAACAUUUCUUGUUGUUCAAUUAUGACUAAACUAAGCGGUUUAGCUAGAUUAAAACAUGACACUAAAGUCCCAAUAGGCCAUUUGGGACCGGAAAGGUUGAAUUCGCAACCCGUUUGAGGAAGAAAAAGAAGAAGAAGAAAAAAAAGGACGCCUGCUGCACAAUCACAUCAGUUUCGAACGCUGACGGGUAACUCUCAGUUGCCUAGAGGAAUAGGCUAUGAUGGAGUUAUGGAAAUGUUAUCUUCUGUUUGUGUUCUCAAGCUGCACGGUCCUCACAGUGGUUGAGAGUCAGGCUGUCAGUGUUGAUCCGCAGGUUACUGCCUACUUGGGAGGUGAAGUCACGCUGCGCUGUCAGUUCAGUCGGGGAGACACAGCUGCCAAAGUCGUACAGGUUAUUUGGGAAAAGCAGCAAGUUCAUUUUGCAGUGUUUCAUCCAGAUCUUGGUAAGAGUUACGGCGAAUCCCCUUUGAAAGGACGAGUCAGUUUCACCAGCAGCUCUGUGAAUGAUGCCUCCAUCAAGAUCACUAAUGUUAAUGAGACAGACGAGGGAACGUAUGUCUGUCAAUACACCACUUACCCUGGAGGAACCAUUGAAGGCACCACCACAGUCACUGUGCAAGCCCUGGCAGAGCAGCUCUGGAAGGGUGCAGCAGCAGUGGGCUCUGGGGUUGGAACUGCCCUGCUGCUCAUAGUCCUCAUAUCAGCGGCAGUAUACUUCAUUGUGAUGAAGCGCAGGCAGAGAUACCAAGCUCCGACAUGCAGCAGCAGCAGCAGCAGAGGGGACCAGGCAGCCCGGGUCGCUGGGGAUGAAGAUGAGGAGGUGCAGUACGCAGACAUCCGUCGAUGUUUGCCGGCCCAGCGUGGGCCUGUGCCCUUGCAGAGCAGCGGAGCGACGGAGUACACAGCGGUGAAUUACAGCACUCACCCGGGCCCCCCGGAGCUCCACGCAGGGGGAGGAGAACCCACCUACGCCCAGGUCAGCAGGAGCUGACGCGCUGGCACAGAGACGGCCCGUCGGAGACGGCCGACGGGGUGCGGGUUGGGACCGGGUCCUUUUUUGGGGUUGGCUACGGUCGCUGUAAGGAUUCCGGCCCUGCAGAAUCGAGUAGAAUGCCAGAUUUCUGAAACGUGUGAGAAAGCAUUCCGCAUGUCACACCACAGCAGCAUACAUACAGCAAUAAUGUACGGCAAUAGUGGAUUUCAUCCUCUUAGGCCUAUAAUUUUCCACAUGCAAAGCACAAGCUGCCUGUUGGAAGGGUGACCUGAAGUAUCUGUUCCAUUUAUAUUUUACUGAAGACGGGCACGGGGUGUGUGCAGGUACACCUGCACCUGGUAUCCGUACACUGUAUUUCUGUAAGGUUUUGUGACAAAGAAGCUUGAUUGCCCUAUUUUUGUUAUUUCAACGUACUGCGCAUUUUGUGUUUUAAUGGGAGCAAUGACGGAAAUGUACCCUUUAAUUAAUGACACGCAGAACGGAAUGGCACUGAAUGCACGAAACUGCUUUUUCUGCGCAAUAAAGCAUUUGAGUUUCCACAA